AUCUGCUUUCCUGAAGGCUUCGGCUGGUAAUGGCCUUCUUAGCAGCAUCUACAGUUUUCACUGCCAUUUGCCCCACUAUCACCUGCAAUCAAUUUCAGGCCUCGCAAGCAAUCCGUUCCAAAACGAGGCUGGUCGGAGAGAACGCUCAGACCCCAAACUAUUGCGAGCAUUCAGGAACGAUCCCCCGUCAUUGCUUACUAUCUACUACAGCAUACCUCAGGCACGAUUAUCCGCAGGAAUGGAACAUACCCGGUCUUACCGACUCAGAGGUUUACAUCUACGUCGGAAACUCGAAGCAUUACGCCCUCAAUACCAAGCGCGGUAUAUCAGAAUGGAACAGACUCUUACCGCGCAGUGGCGGGAUGGUGCAUCUCGGACAUAACCGUAACAUUGUUACGAAUAUGGGCAGUCAAGCUAAUAUACGAGUGGGUAAGUACUCGAAGAAAGCCUGGUUCAGGGCGAGGGUGUCCGUAAGCUGAGUCCAAUUACCAAGAGGGAUCCGUGAGUUUGAUAACGAGCGCUAAGCGUAGUCGGUAAGCGAGUGGAACGGCAAGCGCUAAGCGUAACCGAUCUUGAUCACUUAUGUUCACACAAGGACUGUGGAGGUUUAAAGGUGAGUUG